AUGAAGAGGAAGCGGGGAGGAAGUGAUGAAUGUGAUUAUGGAGAUGGAGGAUCAUGGAUUAGAGGGCCUUUGAUUGCCAAAGGCAGUUUCGGCUCUGUGUUUAUUGCCAUUCCCUGGAAGAAGAAGAAGAAAGGCUACUUCUUUUACAAAGCUGUCUUGGCUGUCAAGUCCUGCGAGGUCUCUGCCUCCAGUUCUCUGCAGGACGAGGGAAAUAUUCUCAGUAAUUUUCAUGGCUGUUCCAACAUAUUACAGUGCUUCGGUGAAGAGACAACCACCAGUGAAAAUGGGCAGAUGGUCUACAACCUGCUUUUGGAGUAUGCCAGUGGAGGCACCCUGGGUGGUCUCAUUGCCAAGAACGCUGCUGCUGCUUCUUUCAUUCCUGAAUCAGAUGUGAGGGCCUACACCAGGGAUAUUCUCUGCGGCCUCCAUCAAAUUCAUGGCGCUGGGUAUGUACACUGUGAUUUAAAGCCUGAGAACAUCUUACUUUUCCCGCCUGAUUCUGGUUUUGGAAGAUUUGUGGCCAAGAUUGCUGAUUUCGGAUUGGCCAAGGAGAGGAGGGUGCAGUAUCCGUACUUGAGAGGAUCUGCAAUGUAUCUGUCCCCUGAAGUUGUGAUUGAUGGGAUACAGGGCCCCCCUUCUGAUAUUUGGGCUCUUGGCUGUGUGGUCCUCAAGAUGCUAACUGGAAGACCACCAUGGCUCAAUACUGCAGGUUUAGACCGUGAGGGCCUUCUGUCUCGGAUUGGCACUCCCAAUGAAUUGCCGCAAAUUCCGAGUAGCCUGUCUGAAGAAGCAAAAGAUUUUUUGAAGCAUUGUUUUGUGAGGAAGGCUAAUACCAGGUUCACUGCAGAAAUGCUUUUGAUUCACCCAUUUGUUGCAGGAUUGGACUGCACUAAUGUGCAAGAAACUAGUGAUUUUGAGGAACAGGAGCAGAAGCAGAUAGACCCCACAAUUCCAUUGCCCGAGACUGAUAAUGAGUGUUCCUCGUCUUCCUCUAUUAUUUGGUUUACAUGAGCUUUUCACUCACAAAGACAGCCUGUAUAUGCGACUGAUGUCAGAAGCUCUUGUAUAUUGGAGUUGUUUUGCUUCCGGCUACUUCUGAUAGUGACAAUGGAGCAUAGAGGAUCAUGUUGACUCAUGAUUUAGUAGGACACACUUAAUGUCUUUUGAGAAGAAUUGUAUAUGAUAUUUGUUUUCAGGAGUUGAAUUAGCAAUGCCAAAUUGCCUUGAAAUAGUAGCUUAAUAGAGAAUUUUUACCUUCAGGCUAGAUUUCUUUCCC